GGAACAAACACAAACACAGCACAUUGAAACUUGCGAGUGGAAAUUGAGGGAAAGAAACGACCUCGUCAAGAAUAUGAAUAUGAAUAUGAUGACGUGACACAACACUCAUUGCCCCACCACACCCUUUUCCCAUUCCCAUUCUUCUGCAUCUCAUUACUCCCACUUCUUCCUCCUUAUAACCUCCAAACUUUCAUUUCCUUUUUCUUUCUUCUUUCCCUUUUUUUUUUUAAUAAACAUAUAAUAAUUUAAAAUAAUAGCCAUUUUUUCUUAGAGCUUAAUCUCUCCUCUCAAAUGGGCAUCUUUUUUUUUUUUUUUCUGCUGAUUUGUUUCGGGAAUCAUAUUUGAGUAUUUAAUAUUUUAUCAAGUAGGUUCGCUUUCUCUUUCUCUUUCUCAUUUUUCUUUUUCCUUUUUUUUCCCCGUUUUUUUAUUUUUGUUUUCCAUCUCUCUCCCUUCUCUGUAUAACGAUGGGGAAUGUGAAUGGGAGAGAUGAUGUGAACGGUACUCAAUCUGGGACUGAAGAAGAAGAAGAAGAAGAAGAAGGUUGUGACAGUGUGAGCGAUGGCAUGUCUGCACCUGAUGGGGUUGGGAACCCUGCACCUUCUGAGUUGAUGGGUCAAUCUCCUCCUGCUAGCCCUAGAGCAACCCAAUCUCCAUUAAUGUUCGCCCCUCAAGUCCCGGUGGUUCCACUACAAAGGCCUGAUGAGAUGCAUGUUCCAAGCCCUUCCUGGAUGCAAACUACUUCAGGGCAUGAGGAUAUGUACAGUGAACUAGGAAUUCCAACAAUGAUUACUUGGAGUUAUGAUGGGAAAGAAGUAGCUGCGGAGGGCUCAUGGGAUAAUUGGAAAACAAGAAUGCCCUUGCAGAGAUCAGGGAAGGACUUCACAAUAAUGAAGGUACUGCCAUCUGGUGUUUACCAGUUUAGAUUUAUUGUGGAUGGACAGUGGAGGUAUGCACCUGACUUGCCUUGGGCCCAAGAUGAUGCUGGGAAUGCUUACAACAUUCUGGACUUACAGGAUUAUGUUCCUGAAGACAUUGGAAGCAUUUCUAGUUUUGAACCUCCUAAAUCACCAGACUCUAGUUAUAACAACUUACAACUUAGUUCUGAAGAUUUUGCAAAGGAACCGCCGUUGGUUCCUCCAUUCUUGCAAAUGACACUUCUUAAUGUUCCUUCAACAAAUAUGGAAAUUCAACCUCUUAUAUCCAGACCUCAGCAUGUACUGCUCAAUCAUCUUUACAUGCAGAAAGGAAAGAGCAGCCCUUCAGUUGUUGCACUUGGUUCAACUCAUCGGUUCCUAGCCAAAUAUGUCACUGUUGUGCUGUACAAGUCUUUGCAGAGGUAAACAUAAAUGAAAUGGACUUUGUAGCCUUUAAAGCCUUUUAGUAGUUAAUAUAGCCUUUUAUUAGUAAACAUAAAUGUUAUAAGUAAGAAAUUCUAAGCUUCAUAAGGAUCACUACAUGAAAAUCAAGGUUGUGUCACAUAUAAUGCAAUUGCUCGAUGGUCAUUCAUCAUGCAAUUUAGUUCCCAAUUCUUACAUCAUUUGGUGAUGCUAUUCUCUAGGAAUUUUGAUUAAGCUACUUAAAUAAGAAGGGGAAAGAAAAAGGUAAUUU